AUGUACUUGAAACUAGACCCCAACCGCUUCCCUAUUCUUUGGGUCUACAGAAAGUUAACCGAUCGGGUCGAGGAUGAUGCUGUAGUUCGUGCACGCGGACUGCCCUGGCAAGCCACCGAGUCCGAUAUCCAAUUCUUCUUCCGAGGCCUCAACAUUGCACCCGGUGGCAUCGCGCUUGUGCUCAACAAGUCCGGACGUCGUAACGGCGAGGCUCUGAUACGAUUCACAGAUCGCGAACAAAGAGACCUGGCCCUUAGGAAACAUAAACAUCACAUGAAUCAGCGUUACAUCGAAAUCUACAUGGCACAGGGUUCCGACUUCAUUGCAGUCGCCGGAGGCGAAACUGAGGAGGCUGAAAAGUUCCUGGAAAAGUUUACAGAACCAUCGCAGGCCCUUAUUCGUAUGCGCGGCCUACCGUACACUGUGACCGCAGAGCAAAUUCUGGAGUUCUUCUCCAAUGCCAACUGUGAGGUGCAAUUCGGGGAGGAGGGAGUGCUGUUUGUGAAUCGCCAUGACGGCAGAGCCACCGGCGACGCCUUCGCUCUCUUUGCCAACGAUCGAGAGGCACAAAAGGCCCUAAAGAACCACCGUCAACACAUCGGAAACAGGUAUAUCGAGCUGUUUCGAUCGACACCGGCAGAAGUCAAUCAGGUAAGCCUCUGA